UCUCUCUGCCCACCCUUUAUCUCUAACUAACAUUACCCAAAUUCCAUUAUUAAUAUGAUCCAUCUUCCCUUUCUAUAUAUCAUCCACAAGCACAAUUUACAUUGUUGCUUGCUUCUUGUUUUCCAUACUAGCAAUUAAUUCCUCUCCCCUCUCUCUCUUUCUUUCAAAAUAUAUAUUCUCAUAACUAGCAAACCAAAAAACAAAACAAAACUAUGACCACUUCGGUAUCCCAAGAAAGUGUUGUUGCAUUGGUUUCUCGUACUGGUAGGGAGUUGCAGCGCUACCGGAAAGGUCGUCGUCAAGUUGUCGGAUGCAUACCAUACAGAUACAUAAUUUGUGACCAAACUUCGUUAGAGAUACCUGAAGAAUUAGAAGUUUUGGUAAUUACUUCUAAGAAAAGCAAAAGGAUGCUAUUUCCUAAGGGAGGAUGGGAAAGUGAUGAAUCAAAAAAGGAGGCAGCUUUGCGAGAAACGGUAGAGGAAGCAGGAGUAAGAGGCAUCAUUGUAGGGGGUAAAUUGGGUAAGUGGAGGUUCAAGGGUAAAAACAAUGGUUCUUUAUAUGAAGGCUACAUGUUCCCUCUACUUGUUCAAGAGCAAUUAGACAUUUGGCCAGAGCAGAGUGUUCGUCAAAGAACAUGGAUGAAGGUUUCUGAAGCAAGGGAAGUUUGUCAACAAUGGUGGAUGAGAGAAGCUCUAGAGAGACUAGUAAAUCGUGUCACAGCUCAUAAACUUGAUCAUUAAUUAUAACAAUUAAGAGUUAGUAGUAAGAGAUGACAAAUUGGACUUGUAAACAGGGUAAUUUCCUAGAGAUUGAUGCAUCAACAAGAAUAGUUAAUGGAAUUUUGUACAUAUUGAUGUUAAGAUUAUAAAUGUAUAAAAAAUGGUGCUAGAUCACAUAUAUAGUACUAAACAAUUCAUCCCC